AUGGCUUCCAUCGACAGAAUUCGUAAGUACGAUUGAAAAAAAUUAUUAAUCGACCGGUAAAAUCGAAAAAAAAUCAUUACAAAAAAUUAAAUUUUCAAAAAAAAAAUUGUAAUUUUUUUAGACACCCCAAGGCCAUAAAAAAGAAUCAUGCGAUUUUCUUCACAAACCCGAAGCUAAAAGUUUUUGUUCAUGUUACGGUAACGACCUCAAAAUUGCAAAUUCUAAAACCAUUUUAGCCCAUAAUAAAAAUGUAAAAAAGGCUAGCCAAUAAUUAAGACAACUAAUAACGUCCAUAAGAAGGCACAAUCCGUCGUGCUCAGUUCUAUUCUUAGAAUUUUAGGUAGCUUAAUUUCGAAUAAUGAGAAAAAUUCAAGACUUCCGAUUUUUUUCGGUUUUCCUAACUUUUCAAAUUGAAAUCAGAACGCCAAAGGAUUCAAAUUUAGUUUCAACUGUGUUACAUAUCUUAAAAAGCAAUGAUGACUAACUAUAGCUAAAAAUAGAACGGCCAAAUACGAAUUUUAUUUUGAUUUAUGAAAAAAUCUGAUGACGCAUCACUCCAAGUCCCUUUUUGAUCCUAAUAUUAUGACACAGAGUUCUUUUGACACCUGAAUUACAAUUAUCCCUUCUCCCUUGACAUGACUAUGAUUCCAGGUCAAAUCUACGACGCCCAUGACUCGGACAAAAACGGAGUUUUAAGCGUAGAGGAAGCCGAGUUGGCCUACAAAGCGUUGGGCUCUUUGGCCAAGCAGUACCCCAAUUUCGUGGCCGAAUUCAACAAGCUUGCCAAUUCGGAAGGAGUCAUCACCUUUGAGCGUGAGUCCUCGCUGUCCACAAAAGUUUUUAUUUUCAGAAUUCAAAAGUUUUGUGAAAGAUCUUUCCUAA